UCACAGGGAAUUUCCAGUGGGGAAGGAAACCAGCGAACUUUAUUAAACUGACACAAAGUUGGUGUCACCUGCUGGAUCUGCCGCUAAUAAAGUGCACUUUAUCCGCUCGAAACGCGUUUAUUUUCUCCUGAAAAGCUGCGGUGACGCGCUGCCGUCGCGUCAUGACGCACUCCAAUUAAAGUGCGGCUGUAAAUGGACCCGCUGGUUCCGCCAAGUGAUGAGCAGCCGUCAGCCGAAGUGAAGCGGACCGACCCUCACUCCACGUUCAUGCCGAGAGUCCCACUGCACACCUGAGCGACUUAACCAGUUGGUGUCCUCUAAAUGGACGUCCUGAGGUGAUUGGUGAAGGACAGCUUAACGGGCGGGUUUCUCUACGGAGUUUCGUGUGACAUUCUCCGGAACCCACAGGGCUAGCUCCUGGACGGCUAGGGCAGGUAGCGGUUAGCGCCGACCGGAUACAGCGCAGCCUGAAGCCGCCCGCCACACCGAAGCUGCGUCGCUGUCACCGCUCCGGAGGUGUUCACCGGUAACGACGGCUCGUUUGUUUACGGUCGCUUUGACGACGUAAACAACAACAACAACGGCCAGACAUCAUGGCUGGAGACGACCCCUACCUUCACACCUCCAACCAGAUGUUCGACAUCAUCGAUUCGUCGUGGGAUUUUCCACAUUUUCCUGUGAUGUCCACGUCGUCUCUGCGUACAGUAGAUGGACCGUUCCUGCAGAUCCUGGAGCAGCCCAAACAGCGUGGCUUCAGGUUCAGGUACGGCUGUGAAGGUCCGUCUCAUGGAGGCCUGCCGGGAGCCUCCAGCGAGAAGAACAGGAAGACCUACCCCACCGUCAAGAUCUGUAACUACCAGGGUCAGGCCCGGGUGGUGGUCCAGCUGGUCACGGCGCUGACCCCCCUCCCUCAGCUUCACGCUCACAGCCUGGUGGGAAAACAGUGCGACAAAGGAAUCUGCAUCGCCGACCUGCAGUCCAAAGACUCCAGCAUCAGCUUCCCCAACCUGGGGAUCCUCCACGUGACCAAGAAGAACGUGGCGAAGACCCUGGAGGAGCGGAUGGUGGAGGCCUUCAGGAUGGGACACAACUGUGGAGUCUCCAUCCACCCCGAGAUCGACGCCCUGCGGGGGGAAGUCCGAGUUCCCAGAGAGCUGAGCGACCAGCAGCGAGGCGUGAUCGGCAGCGCGGCGUCUCUUCAGGCCAAAGAAAUGGACCUCAGCGUGGUCCGGCUCAUGUUCACGGCGUUCCUGCCCGACAGCGACGGAGGUUUCUCCAGGAGGCUCGAGCCAGUCGUCUCGGAGCCGAUCUACGACAGCAAGGCUCCAAACGCCUCUAACCUGAAGAUCGUGAGGAUGGAUCGGACCGCCGGCUGUGUGACGGGAGGAGAGGAGGUUUACCUGCUCUGUGACAAAGUCCAGAAAGACGACAUCCAGGUUCGGUUCUACGAGGAGGAUGACUCGGGUUUGACCUGGGAGGCUCUGGGAGACUUUUCCCCCACAGACGUCCACAGACAGUUCGCCAUCGUCUUUAAGACGCCGAAGUAUCGAGAUCAGAACCUGCAGAAACCGACGUCUGUGUUCGUCCAGCUGAAGAGGAAGUCUGACAACGAGACCAGUGAACCCAAACCCUUCACCUACCACCCUCAGAUUAUAGAUAAGGAGGAGGUCCAGAGGAAGAGGCAGAAGACGUUGCCGAACUUUCAGGACUUCAGCGGUCAUGGAGGGGGAGGAGGUUUAUACCGAGGAGGAGGAGGAGGGCCGGCUGCAGGAGGAGGACCAGGAUCUACUGGAGGAGGAGGAUACUACCAGGGCUUCACUCCCUACAGCUAUGGAGUAGGAGGAGCAGGAGGAGGAGGCUUCUCCACAGGAUACUCAGCUGGUCUGGGAGGAGGAGGAGGAGGCAUCAAACACACCUCUCAGGGCGACGCAGCAGACGACAGCGGUGAUGACAGUGAUCCAGACGACGACUCUGCGUCGGGCGUCGUCCUGCGGGGUUCAGACCAGACAGGAGACGUGGAGGUGGGGCAGAGGAUGGAGGACGGAGGGGACGGUAUGGAGCCGGAACCAGAACCAGAACCAGAACCAGUGUGUGAUGCUGAGGAGUGUCUGCAGCAGGUGAGCAGCCGACAGCUUCAGGCUCUGUUCCAGUACUCUGUUACAGGUGACUCGGCCUACCUGCUGGCUCCACAGCGCCCCCUGAUGGUGGCGCAGGACGAGGACGGAGACACAGGGCUUCACCUGGCCGUCCUCCACAACCAGCAGGAGGCGCUGAAGAGUCUCACCCAGGUAGUUUCUGCUCUGCCUGGAGAGGAAGUGCUCAACAUGAGGAACCACCUGUACCAGACUCCUUUGCACCUGGCGGUCAUCACUCAGCAGAGGGAGGCGGUCGAAGCGCUCCUAUUGGCCGGAGCCGACCCGACUCUGGCCGACCGUCAUGGCAACACGGCGCUUCACCUGGCGGCGCAGCGGGACGGAGGAAGAGACACGAUCCAGGUUCUACUGAGACACCGAGACAAGAGAGAACUGCUGCAGCUCAGCAACACGGCAGGUCUGUGUGCGAUCCACCUGGCUGUCCUGGCCAAUCAGCUGUCAGGUCUCAGGGAGCUGCUGGAGGGCGGAGCCGACGUGGAGGUUCAGGAACGCAGCAGCGGUCGGACGGCGCUUCACCUAGCAACAGAGGCAGACAAUGUGUCAUUGGCCGGAUGUCUGCUGCUGGAGGGAAACGCCCAGGUGGACUGCUGCACCUUCAAUGGCUCCACCCCCCUCCACAUCGCUGCAGGUAGAGGCUCCAUGAAGCUGACGGCGCUGCUGAUGGCUGCAGGUGCAGAUCCUCAGAAGGAAAACUUUGAGCCGCUGUUCUUCAGGGAGGAAGAGGAGGAUGAAGAAGAUGAAGGCUACAUCCCAGGACUGACCCCAGUCAACAUGGCCACCACCAGUCAGGUUCUGGAUCUUCUGAACGGUAAAGAGUACGAACCUAAAGGUCCUCACAGAGCCUUCAUCCCUCCUCAAGGCGACCUGGCGAGUCUGGCCGUGGAGGUGAAGCAGGAAGUGUGUGGCGCUCUGGAAAGUGAAGGAUUGUGGGAGAAUCUGGCUCACAGUCUGGGUCUGGGGAUCCUCAACACGGCUUUUAGACUCAGUCCUUCACCUGCCAAGACCCUGCUGGACAGCUACGAGGUGUCAGGGGGGACCAUCAGGGACCUGCUGGCUGGUCUUAGGUCAGUGGGAGAGUGCAGAGCGCUGGGUGUCCUGGAGGGGGCGCUGCGUGGCAACCAGGAAACACCGCCGCCGACCGACGAGACAACAGGCGAGGCUCCGGUCGCGCAGGUCCAGGACCUGAAGGGGGACGUUCAGAUCGACAGCGGCGUCUGCGACAGCGGGGUGGAGCUUAGCACGGCGUAGACGUCUGAUUGGUUUGUCUGGUUCAUCCAUCUGAGUCUGCAGAGGAUGCUGACAGUUUCUCAUCAAACCUUUUAACCAGUUUUAACUGAAAUCUGUUUCAUCUGAGCUGAAGACUCUGACACAGACCAGGUUCCCUCUCACUUCCUGUUGGUGCCUUCGAUGAACCGGAACUUUGAACUCCCAGUGGUGGAUCUGAGGAUCUUGUGUCCUGAUGAGGCAGACGUCUGCAGGGAAAAGGUGCUACCAAAUUGAAAUGAUUGUAAAGAGUCGGUCCAGAUACAGACUCACAUGUUCACGUCCACGGAGAGAGUUUAGCUCCUCAGUCUGAGAAGUUUGACAUCUUCAAAAGGUCAAAAACGUAAAGUUUAGUCGCUUAAAACCAUCAGGAAGCAGGUGGACAUGAAUUAGUUUUUCAGAUUAAAUGACUCAAAAGCAGCAGCUUGAGAAACCAAAAGGAUCGAAUCAAUCAGAGCCUCUUCAUCUCCAGUAACUUCAUUAACGAUAACAUUUCUACCUUCAGACUGAAUAUUUCCAGAUUUCUCUCCGUUUUCUAAUAUUCAUAUCAGUAUCUUCUUAUGGAUUCAUUGUUGGUUCAGAUUUUCCUCAGUUCUGUCAUUUAAAUGAUGCAGCAGUAACGAACACGUUUUAAUUCCUUUAGGAAGUAGAAGCUCAGAUAUGACGGAUUAGAAAGUUAUUUUACUACAGAGUGGAUCCUGUCUGCAGAUGAUUCUGGUUUCUCCUUUCAUCAUCUAUAAUAGUUCUGAUCAACCACCUACCAACAAGAUGAUAUGAGCCUUAAAAGUUUACCCAGAAUGCACUUUUUAAAGUUAUCUCUGGUGAAUUAUCAGAAAACAGAAACACAUCCAGGGUACUAAUGAUUGUUUUUAGGACUGUCAUUAAACUGCAGCAGUUCACACUAGGAUACAUCCCAUAAUACUGAUGAUCACAGUUGAUUACAGAGAAAAUGAACAGAAACCAGAUUCAGUGUUCAGACUGUGACACCCAGAUGGAUGUAAAACUGAUCCGGUGUCAGUUUUUAUCAGAACUCAGAUGUGUUUCCCCUCCUAAAUGUCAUGGUUCUAUCUGCUGGACUGAUGAAAUUCUGAGGCUCAGAAAUGAUGGAAAAAGUCCAUUAAAAAGUGAUAAAUCUGGAUCCACCUCUAUGGACUUGAAGGACAAUAUUCCCAGUAUGAAGGUAGAACUCUGAUCAAUGAUGAAGUUACUGCAGAUGAAGAACCAGAUGUUCUGAGGAGGUUUGGAGGAACUUUUUCUCAGAUUUGAUUUUAUCUGGAAUGAUCCAAAAAUAAAACAAAUCAAUACUCAAACUAACCUCAGGAAAAGAAAAACAAUAAGAAAGCAGGUCAGGAGACGAUCCAGGUCGGAUCAGAAUCGAUUCAUCGGUUUAAUCAAUCAUCUCUGGAGGCUGAUUGGUUUAAAUGUCGGACUAAUUAUGGGACUUUAACUGUCUGCAUGUUCCAGUCUACUUUAUGAAUUAGUUUUUACAAAAAAAAACAACUACAAAGGUCCAGAUGUUCUAAUAAACAUCUUUUUGUGGACAAACAUGUUUCAGUUUGUAUCAACGACCUGAAGACGUCCCAACGUCUCCUACGAUUUUUAAAGAUUUAAUAUUUAGUUUUUUUUAAUUUUACCUUCUGCUCGUCUGUCACCGGCUACACCAAGCCGUUCUUCAAUUGUCUCUAGUCUGUCCUGACACGUUUCAGCACAAAGUCUGGAAGGGGAAACUGUCAGCUGGCAACGCAAAGCAUCGUGGGAAACGUAGUCCAGAGCUGCUGCCCCUUCUCAGCGUGAAACCAAAGCUCGUUUCUGUUUCAGAUCAUAUUUAUGUCUCCGCUCUGCACUGUACAGUUCAACAGGAGCUUCUGAUUGGUUCUAUUGUUUUUUAAAAAUAAAAUGUUUGGUUUUUUUAUAUUAAA